CUUCUGUUUACAGAUUUGAAUGACUGAAUAUUCGAUAUAUUACCACUUUCAUGCAACUUCUUUAUUCGAUAUAUUCCAGAAUUCCUACUUCUCUAUUACACCCAUAACAUGGCCCGGAGGUCCAGUUUUCUCAUUCUCCUAAUGUUUCUUCUACAACACCAUUUUACCCCCAUGUUUAUGGCACAAACAGCCAAGAUUUCCACAAACAUUAUUGCAAUCAUCGAUGUUAAUUCUCAUUUUGCCAAACACCAGAUAACAGCCAUGAAUAUAUCUGUUCAAAACUACAACAACAACUCAAUCAGUCACAGCAUUUCACUUGUAAUCCAGGAAGACUCUGGAAACACUCUUCAACUCGCUAAUACAGUUGAGAAGCUUAGUAAAGAGCAGGCAGUCCACGCGAUUAUUGUCAUGACAACAUGGUCCAAAGCUGCCUUUGUUUACGACGCGGGCAGCAUUUUGAAAGUUCCGGUUCUCUCCUUAGUAGCUGAUAGUUCCCCAAUCAAUAAUCGAUGGCCUUUCUUGGUACAAAUGGCCACCAAUGGCUUACAACAAUUUAAAUCGGUUGCAACUAUUGUCCAAUCUAAUUGGAAUAGAGUUGUUUUAAUCUACGAACAAGACAUUUCUGGUGGUGACUCUGUUGAGUUUUCUAACAUAUCUCAUGAACUUUUAAGAAUAGGUUCUGUUAUAGAUUACACUUUGGCAUUUCCUCCAUUUUCUUCAAUAUCUGAACAUUACAUUGAGAAGGAGAUGAAGAAAUUGGAUGGAGUACAAUCCAGAGCGUUUCUUGUUCUCCGAUUGUCAUUUGAGUUAACGGGUAUUUUGUUUAGCAAGGCAAAGAGCAUGGGAUUCAUGAAAAAGGAGUCGGCUUGGUUAGUAUCAGACAGUGUCGCUCACUUUCUUGAAUAUGCUAACCAUUCUAUGAUUUCUUCCAUGGAAGGUGUCAUUGGAAUAAGAACUGACUAUUCUAGAGAUACCCAACCAUUCAAGAACUUCGACGAGCAGUUUCAGCAAUAUUUUAGAACAGAAUAUCCAGAAGAAGCAGAGAUGAUUCCCGGAAUUCAUGCUCUAAGAGCAUACGAUAGUGUUACAGUUAUAACGGAGACAUUGAAAAAAAUAGAUAACCAAAGUUUGCUACAAGGUAUUUUGUCGAGCAAUUUUACUGGUCUGAGUGGUCAGAUACUUUUUAAGGAUGGUAGGUUGUUGGACGAGCUAAAAUAUGAGAUGGUAAAUGUCAACGAGACCAAGAUUAAUAGGUUGGGAUAUCCUAAUAUGACAAAAUUAGAUGGAAUAUCAUGGCCUGGGAAAUUAGAAAGGAUUCCUAAAGGAUGGGCAAUGCCUACUAAAGGGAAGCCCCUUAUUAUUGGAGUCCCCGGCAAAGCUUCAUUUGAGAACUUUGUGAAGAUAACAUCCAAUGGAAAUUCAUCGGAAAAGAAGUUUGAUGGUUUUUGUAUUAAAGUCUUUCGAGAGGUGGUAAGAACAUUGUACGAAAUGAAGUCAUAUAUUCUUCCUGUGGAAUUCAGGGAAUUUGACGGCACUUAUGACGAUUUAGUUGAUAAUCUUGCGAACAAGACUUAUGACGCAAUUGUGGGUGAUCUGACCAUAAUAGCUGAAAGAUGGGAGAAAGUGGAGUUCACUCAACCAUUCACAGAAUCAGGGCUUGUCACUGUAGUUCCUGUCAGGCCUGCACAUGAAAGGUGGAUCUUUUUGAAGCCUUUUGCACUAGACUUAUGGUUUGGCUCUGCAGCGCUGAUGUUGUACACAAUGUUCAUGGUUUGGUUCAUGGAACGUGGUUCAAAUCCAGAUUUUUCUGGGUCAUGGAGAGACCAGUUGGGACAUGCACUAUGGUUUGCUUUCACUUCUCUUUUCAUGGCCCACAGGGAGAGAAUUCAGAGAAAUUAUACAAGGGUAGUGGUGGUGGUAUGGCUAUUUGUUGCCUUACUCUUAACUCAAAGCUUCACGGCCAACCUCACUUCAAUGCUCACCGUUCCACGACUGAACUCAAUUGACGUUAACUCCCUCCAGAAUAGAAAUGUGAAAGUGGGCUGCGAUGAUAACACAUUUAUGACAGUCUUUUUGGAAAAAACGCUUGGUUACAAAAAGGAGAAUGUGGUAAACUUAUGGUCUAAAGAUGAUUACCUUUCCGCUUUUAAGAAUGACAGCAUCAAAGCAGCUAUUCUCGAAAUACCUUAUGCCAAAGCCUUUGUAAGCCACAACUGCAACAAAUAUACAAUAACAGGAUCUACUUAUAGAUUUGGUGGAUUUGGCUUUGCUUUCCAAAAAGGCUCUCCUUUGGCUGCAGAUGUAUCAGAAGCCAUUCUGAAUAUAUCUGAACAAGGGACCUUGAAAAUGUUAGAAGAGUUCUACUUAACUACAUCUUCGUGCUCCUUAGACUCCAUUGAUGAUGUUGAUGGAUUGACACUGGAGAGAUUUUUGGGUUUGUUUGUCUUCAGCAUUGGCAUCUCUACCAUAAGUUUUCUUCUUUUGGUUGUGAACAAUUUGAGGAGCUACUUGCAGAAAAGAUCACGGGAAGGGGAAGUAAUGAGAUCGAUUGUUAGGAGUCUUUGGGAAUGGAGAAGGAAGAUUCAUCCGAGCACGCCAGUAGAUAAUACUCCCACUCCAACAACUAUAAUCCCCUACCAUUAAAAUCUAUAAACUUCUUGUCACAUGAUAUUUGAUUUAAGUUUUAUUUUAAUUGAAAUGUUGUUAAUAAGGGGAAAUUUGACGAAAUAACCUUAAAGAUUGGGUUAUUUGAGUUGGUGGUAAAUUAUAAAUUUAAUUGCAUU